AUGACUGCGAAGAAUGAGACAUAUUUGAGCCAACCAAAGUGGAUAAUUGGUUAUGUUGAGCUUGAUGUUGUUGAUAUGUAUUCUAAGUGUGGGAGCAUUGAGAAGGCACUUCUAGUUUUUGAGAAACUGCCUAAAAGGAAUGUGAUUACUUGGAAUGCCAUAAUUAGUGGACUUGCUAUGCAUGGUCGAGUGGAAGAUGCUCUAGAUUAUUUUAAAAAGAUGGAACCGGCUGGUGUGGUGCCUAGUGAUGUAACAUAUAUUGGUAUCUUGAGUGCUUGUAGCCAUGCAGGUUUGGUGGAGCAGGGCAGAUCAUUCUUCAACCGCAUGGUUAAUGUAAUUAGCUUAGAACCUAGAAUUGAGCAUUAUGGGUGUAUGGUUGAUCUGUUAGGUCGUGCUGGACUGUUAGAAGAAGCUGAAGAGCUUAUACUAAACAUGCCAAUUCAGCCGGAUGAUGUUACAUGGAAGGCAUUGCUCGGAGCUUGCAAGAAGCAAGGGAACAUCGACAUGGGCAAACGAGUGGCAGAGGUUUUGAUGGACUUGGCUCCUCAUGACAGUGGAUCAUACGUUGCUCUCUCAAACAUGUAUGCCUCUUUGGGAAAUUGGGAGGCGGUUGCAAAGGUUAGAUUGCAGAUGAAGGAUAUGGACAUUAGGAAAGACCCGGGAGGCAGUUCGAUUGAGCUUGAUGGAGUGAUUCAUGAGUUUGUGGUGGAAGACGAAUCGCAUCCCCGAGCCAGAGAAAUCCAUUCAAUGUUAGAGGAAAUCUCCAACCAGUUGAGCUUAGAAGGCCAUAGGCCUGACACCACUCAAGUGUUGCUCAACAUGGAUGAAGAAGAAAAACAAAGUGUUUUGCAUUAUCACAGUGAGAAGAUUGCAACUGCCUUUGGCUUAAUCAGUACAGCCCCUCAAACCCCUCUUCGAAUUGUUAAGAACCUGCGCAUAUGUGAAGAUUGUCACUCUUCUCUAAAGUUGAUUUCAAAAAUUUAUGAACGCAUGAUUAUCGUCCGCGACCGCAAGCGCUUCCACCACUUCGAGCAGGGGUUAUGCUCUUGCAUGGACUACUGGUAAUUUGUCAACCAGAAAUGCAAUUUGCAGUUAUUUUUUGCAAUUGUCUGUCAAAGAACCCUACAUAUAAUCAUUUCAACUGUAUUUAGAUUCUUCUCCUAAGCGAACCCUUGUUUGUG